AUGGCGGCCGUGGCGCCGGGCGGCCUGGUGGGCAAGGGGCGCGACAUCAGCCUAGCAGCCCUGCAGCGCCACGACCCCUAUAUCAACCGCAUCGUGGACGUGGCCAGCCAGGUCGCUCUGUACACUUUCGGCCAUCGGGCCAACGAGUGGGAGAAAACUGAUGUGGAGGGAACCCUGUUUGUGUACACGAGAUCUGCUUCACCAAAGCAUGGAUUCACCAUUAUGAAUCGGCUGAGCAUGGAAAACAGGACCGAACCCAUUACUAAAGACCUGGAUUUCCAACUCCAAGACCCCUUCCUUCUCUACAGAAAUGCCAGAUUGUCGAUUUAUGGGAUUUGGUUUUAUGAUAAAGAAGAAUGCCAAAGAAUUGCAGAGCUUAUGAAAAACCUAACUCACUACGAACAGGUGAAAGCCCAUCAGGGAACAGGAGCAGGAAUCGCCCCGAUGAUCCUCAGCUCAGGAGAGGGCCAGGAAGUAGAUAUCUUACGGAUGCUCACCAAGGCCAAGGAUGAAUACACAAAGUGUAAAACCUGCUCUGAGCCCAAACAGAUGACUGGUUCAUCUGCCAUCUAUGACAACCCCAAUCUGAUCAAACCGAUUCCAGUGAAGCCCAGUGACAGCCGGCAGCAGCGCCCACCUCAGCCCAGCCAGACCUUAAGCCCGGAGCGCCAGCACUUAUCCUUGACGGCGCUCUUUGGGAAACCAGACAGUGCUACCUGUCAGGAAAGGCUGGAGCCUCCACCGACCUUCCACCAGCUGCAGCAGCAAGCGAAACUUCCAGGGAGGCAGGGGAUUGUACGAUCCCUUUCCUAUGAGGAACCCCAAGCACACUGGCCUCUGCUGGAGAAGCAGCUCUGUCCAGCCAUCCAGAAACUCAUGGUCAGGAGUACAGACCUCCACCCACUGUCAGAACUGCCCGAGACCCGGCCCUGUGGAAAUGGCGGUCCCCAUCCUGUUGGGGAUGUUUUUACUGGACUCACUCAGCCAGCCUCUCCCCAUAACCCUGGGACUUUGUCUCAUCAUGUAAGAAGUGCUUCGAGAACUCAGAGCCUGUUAGGAAAGCCUCAGGCUGGCCCUGGGACCCGAAAGCUCCAGAGUGCCAGUAGGCCAGGACCUACCAGCUCAGCUGCCUCAAAUUUCAGCACAGCCCUCCCCACUGCCACUUCUGCAGCGCCAGCAGAGGGGUUGGUGCAGCCACAACUUGUGUAUUUCAGUGGCUCCCUUCUCCCAGAGGCACUCGGGCAUCAGGCUUCUGGGAAAGAACAGCCCUCACUCGCCCUGUCCUGCACGCAGACGGGUGCCUCCGGGGUGGUCUCCCCUCAGGAGCUGCUGAGAAAGCUCCAGAUUGUGCAGCAGGGGCAGCAGCUGCACACACCCAACCGACCAGCCAUGGCAGCCAAGUUUCCUGUGCUGACUCCAGCCGCUCAGGCAGUGAAAACCAGGGGACCCUGGAUGCACAGGACAUCCCGCUCAGAGAAGCAGGCUUCUCUCUUCCAGGUCAUCUCCCCUCAGCGCAUCCCGGCUUCAGCGGCCCCUCCUCUGCUCAUGUCCCCCAUGGUGUUCACGCAGUCCACCUCCACCGCUGCAAAGGAGAGGGAUGGUGGACUCCUGCCCUUGGGGAGCCAAGAACCAGCUGCUGCCUCCGCCAGCCUCUUCCUGCCUCUGCAGAACCCAGAGCCUUCUGCUAUCACCAGCAGCCCACUUAGCAAGCUCCAACUUCAGGAAGCACUGCUGUACCUCAUCCAGAACGACGACAGCUUCUUAAAUAUCAUCUACGAGGCGUACCUCUUUAGCAUGACCCAGACAGCCGUGAAAAAGACCAUGUGAGAAGCAAACAUUUUGAACUCAUAUCCGAGGCCCUUCCAGGACCCAACAUAAGGUUCUCCAGUGUCAGGGGGGGACCGAUCACCAUAACUGUUUCUGCCGUUUUGUAAAAAUCCUGUACCAUAUGAAAUAAAAUGUUUCUGACUUUC